AUGUCGGACAAGCCGGAGAGCAGCAAGACUCAACUCGAAGGGGAUAUCAUCGAUCCAUUUUUCCAGAAGGAUUUCUUGUCACAGUUGCCAGAGGAGGUUGCUUAUCGCAUCAUCGCCUUUUUGACACCGUGCGAUUUGACGCCGCCUUUCACUCUAACUGGUCAUAUGGGUGGUGUUUGGACGUCUCAAGUGAGCGAUGAUGGCAAAUACAUUGUCGGUGGCUCGACUGAUGGAACGGUGCUGGUUUGGUGUGGUCAAACCGGUGUACAGCGUCAUGUUCUGCAGGGGCAUAGGGGUUCUGUUACCUGCAUAAGUCUACAGGGCACAACUCUUGUCUCUGGAUCGACCGAUCAAACGCUCCGAGUCUGGGACAUUGUCGACGGGAAAUGCCUUCACAUUUUGACUGGCCACUUGGAGGAGGUGCGUUGUGUGCAAUUUGAUGGAAUUCGGGUUGUGGUUUGGAAUGUACACACGGAGGAGUGUUUGCACACGCUGACAGGUCAUACGGAACGAGUCGUUUCACUUUUGUUUGACCCGAAGCGCAAUCUUGUCGUCUCGGGAAGUGAGGAUAAAACGAUGCGCGUCUGGGAUUUGCGAAGAGGAACAUGCAUCGCAAUUCUUCGGAGUGGCGACAGGCGCUACUAUGACAUGCAACUUCGCGGAACCAUUUUGGUCGCCUGCUAUGUCGAUUGGGGCGUUGGGGUUUGGGACAUUCGUGACGGUGGUUCGUUCAUUCAUCGCCUGCACGACAGCCUCGAUCAACAUUCGAUCAAUUGUCUACAAGUUCACUCUGGUCUUAUCAUUGCUAAUUCUGAUAAUGAUAAAAAGUUGCGGGUCUGGAAUGUUGAUGAUGCUCAACUGGCUUUCACUCUAAAUGGCCAUAUGGGUCAUGUUUUGACGUCUCAAGUGAGCGAUGAUGGUAAAUACAUUGCCAGUGGCUCAACUGAUCGAACGGUGCGCGUUUGGUGUGGUCAAACCGGUGCACAGCGUCGUGUUCUGCAAGGGCAUACGGGUGGUGUUACCUGCAUAAGUCUACAUGGCACAACUCUUGUAUCUGGAUCGUGCGAUGGAAUGCUCCGAGUCUGGGACAUUGUCGACGGGAAAUGCCUUCACAUUUUGACUGGCCACUUGGGGGAGGUUUGCUGUGUGCAAUUUGAUGGAGUUCGGGUUGUGUCUGGUGCCGAUGAUUGUACUGUGAAGGUUUGGAAUGUGCAGACGGGGGAGUGUUUGCAGACGCUGACAGGUCACACCUAUCCAGUCUAUUCACUUUUGUUUGAGCCAGAGCGCGAUCUUGUCGUCUCGGCAAGUGAGACGAUUUGCGUCUGGGAUGUGCGAAGAGGAACAUGCAUCGCGAUUCUUCGCCAUCAUGGAAUUCGCUGCUCUGACAUGCAACUUCGCGGAAACAGUUUGGUCGCCUGCUAUACCGACUCGGACGUUGGGGUUUGGGACAUUCGUGACGGUGAG